GAAAAGGAUAGAGAGAGAGACAGACAGAAAGCAAUCGUUAUUUGCCAUGUUGUCGGCUAAGGUAUUGAUUCUUCUUUUUCUCACCAUCCAGGCCAAGGGGUUCUGGGACGAUGGGAGCCAAGAUCCGACCUAUUCACACUUGGGCCUCUAUCAGAAGAACCUAACCUGCAACGACGCUGGAACCACGUGCCAGCUAUGCUACGUUGCUACUGCACGUGGCAGACGUUAUUUACAUGUAAUCCAGUACUCGGUCGAACCCUACAAUUUGGCAUACCACAGUUUCUCCGGAUACGUCGGAUCGAAAUCAUCUUUUGUUCAAGAUGAUCCCAGCCAGACAUUCCGCUUUUGCGUGGACGGACCAGCGGAUGAGAGGGCCACCUGGAAGGUUCUGUUCUGCUUAGACAACGACUUUAGUGCCGCGAUGCCUUUGCCUCCAACCUGUUCCCAGCCUGUUGCCUUCGUGUCUCUCCUUGCUCGUUUCUCUGACGAGGAGAUGGCAGGUCAACAAAUCUUAGCGUGCAUUCCCUAGAAUUCGAAUAUCUAGCAUGCGUGUCUUCUUUGGCAAGAGUUCAUUUUUAUCAGUUGAAUAACGGAAACUAUAAGAGGAAAAAAAGUCUCCGAAAUGUUCCUUCAAAGUUUACACACGCAGUGCUUAACCACCGAACCCUUCCUUUGUAGCAUCAAUUUAAUAAAAAAUAAUGAAAAGAUAACAUCACGGUACAGAUAUGUCUGUCAAUGACUAUUUGGAAAAUUAAAGUCAGGGAACAAUUUUUCUUUCCUUCGAAAGACUCAUUAGUGCUUAGGAAUUUUUCAAAACUUUGCAGUUUUUCCGGGGUGGAAAAUUACAAGAGGGUUCAGGUAUUAGAACAUAUAGCUGAAUAAGUGAAUUGAUAUUUUGUCUUCAUAAUGAUUAAUUGUCUAGGUUUGGUACAUUACAAGCGUAGAAGCGGACUGUGUAAUAUUGCUUUUGUUACCCUUACCCUAUUCACCAUCAGUGACUUUUUGUUGUGUAAUUAAGGAAGGGGUUAGUUGGUAAGUAAUCAUUGGAAUUUCAGCUCACGUUUUGAAUCAAUUUGGGAAGUACUUUGCGCGCCUCACUGAAUGCAAAGCACACCCGUCCUCCAUAAUGUGCAUAAGUCCUUUGUCAUUUUAUUGCUCGUUUUUUAUGCGUGAGUGAACAUGCAUAUGUUCGUUUCCAUGGAUUGAAACUUCCUACAUAUGUUUAAGGCUCGGCCCGGCUCGGCUGUAAGCCUUGGUUCAAGAACAAAAAGGCUCUGUGGCGAUAUCAGAAAAAUAUGAUGGGGGGGGGGAUUCCGCCCCAGCUCUUUUGAGGGUUAAGCUGCAUUGGUUUUCGUCAGGAAAUUAAGCACAUUCAUCCGGAUAUAACUUGUAAUGUAAAUUUCGUCAUCUAGAAACGAGUUUAGUAAUCAGAGGCCACGUCGGGUUAGGGACUUUGAGCAAGUGCACCGUUACCGUAGGGAAACAUAAGUUUUAGACAGCCUUCCUCAUCUGUGGGCCAUAAUCAAGUCAAUAAAAAUUUAAGAACACGCCAUCCAAUUAUGCAAACGCUAAUAAUAUAGUCUCUCUUCGAAUCGUUAUACCAGUGUUACCAUAUAUCUUUUACCGAAUAUCACGACUGAUUAUUUGUCAGUAGGUUGGAAGGAGCUGUUUCUUUUAUGCUGUGAUACUGGGACGAUAGGAGCCAAGAUACAACUUUCUAAAACAAUACAUGUCUUUCGAGGAAUACUAUAUUUUAUCUUUUACUGUGAGCACCGAGUGUGUUCAGGACAAAAAUCCCUUGAAGUCGUCCACCAAUUUGCAAUCUAAAGGGUUGAAACUUUCUUAAACGUGGAACAUUCAACUUUGACACACUUUUGGUGUUACGUAUAUUGAAAAGGGCACUUUUUAAAACAUUUUUAAAAUAUAAAUGCUGUUUCUUUGAUGUCGAUCACAGAAGGGGUUUUUCUGUUGAAAAUGUCAACCCAAAUUUUCUUAUCGAACACAUUGUGGAGAAAGAGGUGCUUACUGCCCGUAAGUGUUACACUUUUAUAUCAUCGAAGAAAAGA